GCUGGGCGUGUGCGCUGCACAGAUAACGAAUGAGCUUGGCAACGGUGUUUACUACAGCCUUCAGGACUCCAUUACCCACAAUGCACCGCUCGUCGUUGUCAAAAGUCUUGCUUUCUUGGGUCACUUACCGAACUCUGGCCGUGUCAGCCAGCUUUAAUUUUUCUUGUUUGUCGGAAUAAUGCAUUUUUCAGGCGCUGGCCUCGGGGAAAUAGGACACGGACAGGGGCCCGGACCCGGACCGACGCCUGGAAGCUGCAAUCCGCGCAAAUUCAGCGAGAAAAUCGCCCUGCACAACCAGCGACAGGCUGAAGAAACCGCAGCUUUUCGAGAGGUUAUGAUGGACAUUAAUUCCAUCAGGGUUGAAGCUGAGAGAGUUCGGCAAACCAGAGACCCGGUGCCGUAUUAUGGAGGAUCACUACCAAACGUCAAUCAGAUGUCAAGAUGCUCCGUGGAGACACAGUACCCAAGUUGCCUUACCCAGCAGCUUCUGGAGGCCGAUGAGGAAUACAGAGAUGUCCAGCCCAGUCCUCUCAGCAGGCCUUACAGGAGACAUUUUGAUAGCGCUCCGUAUCUCUCUUCACACCUCUCUCCUCCUCGAGCUCCAGCCUGGAGAAGAAACUGGUCCAGUUGCUCUGCCACUGAGAAGAGCCAGAUGGUCCGUCUUCCUCUUACUGCUCUAAACAGAACCAAUUCGGACUCGGCCCUCCACACCAGUGUGCGAAACACUCAACUACACGGCCACCUGAAAUCUACACAAACCCUAAACACCCAAACCAGACACUGUGGGUUUGCACUUCCUGCUCCACUGAUUGAAGAAAAUAUCCAGGAGGAAACACAGUCUCCUAAACUGAAGAAGUUAUCCCCCAUGGCCUCAUCAGGAUGUGAAACACCCGUUGUUCAUUUCCCAUCACCUGAUCAGCAGGUCUCUUCUCUCCCCGUCCCGUCAGCUCUCAGUACGAGCGGGUCUCUUCCGGAUCUCUCCAGCCUUCAUCUGCCUUCACCACUGCCUGGCGGACUGGAGUCUGAGCCUCAGAGUGGAACAAAUCUUUUGAACAGCACUUCUACACACCCUGACAUCAUGGCAGACUUCAGCUUACCAGGUCUGUCUUCACCCCUUCAGGCGUCUUUAAGCAACCCUCUGCUCCAGUCUUCUUCGCUCAGCAAUCCCAGCAUCCAGAGCUGUCUCAGCAGCCUCUCCCUGCCCAGUUCCCUGAGCUCCGUGUCGUCCCGUCUGUCCCUCAGCAACUCGUCCCUGCAGUCCUCGCUCAGCAACCAGUCCCUGCGCUCCUCGCUCAGCAGCUCCUCACUAAGCAACCAGUCCGUCCAGUCGUCCGCAAGCCGCUGCAGCAUCAGCAGUGGAAUCGGAGGAUCCGGGUCCUGCUCCUCCUCCUCUGUCUCUGGGUCUCCUCGUGUCGCUGGCGGGACGUCCCGGAAGAGAGCCCAGCUCAGCCCGCUCAUCGUGCCAAGUGGAGGAGAGUCCCGCUGGCAGCAUCCCAAACAGUUUUCACCCACAGCGUCUCCAACUCUGCCUUCUAUAGCACAGGGUGCUCUGCUAAACUCCUGCAAAGUCCAUAAGGAGACCAAACCACCAGCAUAUCCCUGCUCUCAUCACAUCAGACCCGCGCCUCCGCUUUCCCAUCAGCCACUGCGCCAGUACUUCCAUCCGGAGCCACAGUAUCAGUCUAUCCCAGAGCUGGAGCAGUGGAUUCACAACGAACAUCAGCAAACACACAAUCAGAGACAAAAACACAGCCCAGUUCACAAACACCCACAAACACAUGCUAAAUUUGAGCCGCACUUACAGUAUCCACCACAGCAAGCGUUUACCCAGCAUGCACCGCUCUACCCACAGAUCCAGCAUCAUCAUCAUCAUCAAGAGCAGCAGAAUCAGUGGCAUCAGCAGAACCAGUAUCAAAAUCAACAGCUUCAUCAAAACACAGCGAUCCAGUGUCCUGAUCAAGAGCAAAACUGGAGUCAUUUCACAGGGGUGCAUGAGCUGCAGCACACGCAGGUGAAGCGCAGAUACUGCAUGCAGACGCAGGAUGACACAAAACCACCGUCUGAGCUCACCAAUCCAGAGACUCCAGCAGCGGUCUCUCACUGUAAAGAGACGGAGCAGAAUCCAGGGUCACAGGAUAAAGGUUUUGAGCUGAACAAGGAGUCGUAUGUCGGCUUACAUCUGACCCCUAGCCAGGCAAAAGCCCUUUCCCAGCAGCUCGGAGCUCUACAGAAGGAGCCUCUAGGUGGCAGCAGAGGGUCAGAGCUUCACUGUGAAGCUGCAGAAAGCAGAGAACAGCAGAACCAGAGCUGCAGCGCUGGAGAAACACACAAUGCUUUCAACAUCAACUUAUCUGACCCGUCAUCCUGGCUGGACCAGGACAUCUCAGGCCUGCCGGACUCCGUUCUGGAGUUUGACUUAGAAACCUUUGGUCUGGACAGUAAUUUGGGUUGGCCAUGAACGUGUCAUACAAGUGCACUAAAAUACGCAGUAAUUCAGACAAGUACCUUUUUAAAGAAUGUUUUUUGCCAGUUAACUUGAAAUGUAGCCUCUAGAACGUUUUCACACCUGGUUUGUUUGAGUACCUGAACACAUUUCUUUCUUUGUUCAGUUUUUUUUAGGAAUAUUUGAACAUGGAAAUUACAUUUGCACCAAAAUAAUCAACGAAUGUGGUGGGGAGAGGUGCGCCAGUCACUGAAUCCAGCAUAUUGGGGUUCUCAACUGUCCGCCACAUUCUGUCUUAUAUUAUGCACUUUGUUUGUCAUCAAGUUAACUCAAAUGUCGGCAUUCUGUAUUUAGCUUUUUGCUUGUAUAGUGGCUCUGAAGUGUCAAAACACCUCCUAAAAGGGAAAAAAUCAAACCCAUUUCAUUUUUUUCCCCCACGGACGAUUGUUUCAGAGGGAGUGUGUCAAUUAGAUUCACACAUAAGUGAUGUCAAAUUUAUUUUUUAAUGUGCGAAAAAUUAUGGAUGAAAAUGUCAGAUUGAGUGUGCAAUAACCUUCACUCUUUUUUUAAAGGACAUUCUGGGAUUUUUAUGGACCACAGAGAGUUAGGACCUUGAUAUUAUUGUUAAAUUCGAAAUGUGCUGCUCACUGAGCAGUAUAGAGUCCCCUUCACUAUACUGGGGCGUUAGGAUCCACACAGAUUGCAGGUUGAGCGCCUCCUGCUGGCCUCACCAACACCACUCCUGGCAGCAACCUAGCUUUCCCAUGUGGUCUUUCAUCCAGGUACUGACCAGAUGCAGCCCUGCUUAGCUUCAGUGGGUUACCAUGUGAGAGUUUCAGAGAGCUAGCUUCCAUCUUUUAAGCACAUGUGACUUUAUGAAACAUUUUGAUGCACUUUUUAAAUGUCACCUGGUAAAAGCAAACUGAACCAAGAGGAAAAUGCAACUUUGUAACAUAUUAAGUAGCUUUCUGGUAACAAAGCAAACAAUCUACAGGUCUGAAAACGCUCUUAUAGUCUAAUAGAAUGUAAAUAAAAAUGGCUUAAAGCUCCUUUAAGGGAACAAAUAAAAAAACGUUUUUGCACACAGAGAGGUCUUAGGUCGCAGGUCUAUGUGCCUUAAUAUGAAGUUUUGGUUCUAUUUAAUUAUAAAUGGAGUAGAUUGUUUAUGUAUUGAUUCAUAGGGUGCAUAUUUACACAUUUUAAUAUAGCAUAGAAUAACUAGUAUAUGAAAAUAUUGUAACUAUUAUAACCUCAAAAUAUAGUUUUGAAGGUGAAUGUAAUAUUAUAAAGUACUCUUUCAAGUUAAGAACAAAACUAAAUAUAGGUUUAAUCAUAUUAAGUCUUUAUUUUACAGUGUUUGCUUGUUUUUUUUUAAAUCGGGGUCGUUUUUGUGACUUUGAUAAGUGUUUCUCCACACCUGCCUUUCAAUUGGUAUAUAAUUUUGAUGCAGUUUUAUCUCAGAAAUAUAUUCAUAAUGCAGUUUAAUUAUAUUUUCAUACUGGUUUUCCUUUAUCACUCUCUGGUAGAGGUGAUGUUAUUUUUCAGUAUUUGUGUUCAGUAUCAAAUCUUUUCUCAGUAUGCGUAUUGGAAUACAGUUUCCUGACAGGAUUAUUCAUAUAGUUUAAACCGAGAAACACGUGUAAAUUCCUGAAGUAUUGCAAUUAAAAGUGGACUAAUACAUUCAA